AUGAAUACUAUUAUAAUAAUAAAAUCUGUUUGCCACCAAAAUUUUUUAUCAACAUUGAAUUCAGCAAUUAAGACCAACUUGAAGGCACACGGUAAAAGUGCUGGAGAGAGCUUUUUGAUGAAUGGUUAUGCUCUUAAUACUGGCCGUGCUGUUCAAGGAAUGCCUCUCAAGGUUUCCCCUGCAAAAAUUGCUUGUCUUGAUUUCAAUCUUCAAAAGACAAAAAUGCAACUGGGUGUUCAAGUAUUAGUUUCUGAUCCCAAGGGACUUGAGAGAAUUCACCAAAGAGAGUCUGAUAUGACUAAGGAACGGAUUCAAAAAUUACUCAAAGCUGGGGCAAUUGCUGUGAGACGUGUGCGGAAAGAGGAUAUGCGACAUGUUGCCAAAGCAACCGGAGCAACACUGGUCUCAACAUUUGCUGAUAUGGAAGGAGAGGAAACUUUUGAACCGUCAUUUCUUGGAAGUGCAGAUGAGGUUGUUGAGGAGCGUAUUGCUGACGAUGCUGUAAUCAUGAUUAAAGGGACCAAGACUUCUGGUGCAUUCUCUUUAGUUCUCAGAGGUGCAAAUGACUAUAUGCUUGAUGAGAUGGAUAGAGCUCUGCAUGAUGCACUAUCAAUUGUCAAGAGAACGCUCGAGUCAAAUACAGUGGUUGCUGGUGGAGGUGCUGUUGAAUCGGCAUUGUCAGUUUAUUUGGAAUACCUUGCUACAACUUUAGGAUCACAGGAGCAGUUGGCUAUAGCAGAGUUUGCUGAGUCUCUGUUGAUCAUUCCAAAGGUGCUUGCUGUCAAUGCUGCUAAGGAUGCCACAGAUCUGGUUGCAAAGUUACGGGCCUACCACCAUACUGCACAAACUAGAGCAGAUAAGAAGCAUUUAUCAAGCAUGGGUUUGGAUCUUUCAGAAGGGAAGAUUAGAAACAACUUGGAAGCUGGAGUCAUCGAGCCUGCUACUGAACAAAUCAUGUUUCAGUCAUAA